UGAUUACGAGGGUCGGAAAGAUAAGGCUGAGCGCUUUAUCUUGCGCACUCAUCUCCGCGUAUCCUGCGCACUCUUCGCCGGGUUCGGACCUCAGACCUCACACACACACUGAUUUCAAGCGCACACAGAGCACUUGCUCUAUCUCUGAUUUCAGGUACCGAUGAGUCUCCGUAACUCUCCGAAUUUCAGUUUGUCGUUUGUGAGUGAUUUUGACUUUGAAUUUGGUGGAUGAAGAAAUUCUGAGUAAGAAACGCAAUGUUAGUUCUUUUAUGAGGCUCACUAGAGGACUUAGCGAGAGAGAGGAAAGAAAGAAUGGAAGCUAAGGCAGUGUUUGGCGGAAGUCCAUGUCUUUCAUCAUCUCUUCCGCGCUUACCAGCUCAUAGAAUUUGCAGCUUAUCCUACACUCACAAGCCUAUCCUACGCACCAUCCACCACGACCUCCACUUAGCUGCAUUCCACUCAAAAUCCCAUCUUUUCUCAUAUUCCCCAUCUAGUCCCCAUACCAAAACCACCCUCUCCCGUAAAACCCGUAUCUUCCUUCCCCACUUGGUUGCUUCAAUGGAAGAAGUUGAAGAGACUUAUAUAAUGGUGAAACCAGACGGUGUUCAACGGGGACUUGUUGGAGAGAUUAUUUCAAGGUUUGAGAAGAAGGGAUUUAAACUGACUGGCUUGAAGCUCUUCCAAUGUCCAAAAGAAUUGGCAGAGGAGCAUUAUAAGGAUCUCAAGGCAAAGUCUUUCUUCCCUAAGCUGAUUGAGUACAUCACUUCAGGUCCAGUUGUGUGCAUGGCUUGGGAGGGUGUUGGUGUUGUUUCGUCGGCACGUAAGCUUAUAGGGUCUACAGAUCCUCUUCAAGCUGACCCUGGCACAAUAAGAGGGGACCUUGCUGUUCAAACAGGAAGGAAUGUGAUUCAUGGGAGUGACAGCCCUGAGAAUGGCAAGCGUGAAAUAGCUCUCUGGUUCAAAGAAGAUGAACCAUGUCAGUGGACACCAGCUCAAGCACCAUGGCUAAGGGAGUGAUCUUUCGCCCAGUUCUUUGACCCGCGCAAUUUUGAAGAAACUCUCUUAGCACAUGUACUUCCAAUGCCAAAUUAUUCUCUCUCAACUUUUUAUUUUUUAUUUUUGUGAUUUUAAACAGUACAUGGAAUAUUUAAUGUGAAAUGUGAAACUUUGCUGAAGAAGGUUUUGGAAAAUUUCUAGUCAUAGUUCAUAAUUCUCUGGCCCAUGAUGUUUCUUUGUUUGUUGGGGCACAUGGAACUUUGGAAGUGGAUUUGUUGCAGACAGGAAAAAGGUUGGCGUUUGGAUUCUAGGGUAAGCAAUGCGUGCCACCUGAAGAAAGCCUUUUAGUGAUUUAUCUCAAUAACAUCAUAAAUAGGAUUGAUGUGGAUAUUGGAUCAUCCUCUGUAGCAAGGAGUUUCAUUGCCCUUGUUCCUGGAUAUGUGUCAAGCAUGGUUGUUGAUCAUGCGUAGGAUAGGCUUGUGAGUGUAGGAUAAGCUGCCGUGCAAGUUCUCUGAGCUGGAAAGCGUGGAAGAGAUGAUGAAAGAUGGACUUCCGCCAAAUCACUAGCAAUUCAGUGCGCCGGCAUUUGAUUUCUUUUCCUUUUCCCUUUUUGAUUAUUGUAAGAGUGGGCUAUGGGUGGGCACAUGAGCCCACGAAUCCCACCAAGAGUAGCAGAUCUUCAAUUUUCUCAAUUUUUUUUUUUAUUCUGUAGCCACUCAUGAUUUUUUUAUGUGCAUGGCAGCAUAGGACCCAAAAAUAAAAAAUAAAAAAAUUG